GCUGGGUACCAAUAUCAAAAUCAUCACAAAAUGGCAGCUGUCAAGAGAGCACUUUUGUAUUCCUCUGUUAUUUUGUAUACCUUCCGUGAACUAACUAUUUGAAAUUUCAAAGACUGCCUGAAGUCUUUAAAAUGGAUUUGGAAAAGGAAGUGCCAAGUUUGUUGCAAGGAGUUGAGGGGGAGUUUAGAGAAGAAGAAAUAUUGGCAUUUGAUGAGAAUGAUGAACCUUUGGAUGUAGAAAGUCAAUUGGAACAAUUUAGGCAGCAAUGGCAGGCAGAAUUAAAGGGAAGUCAGGCAAACAUGACUAAUCAAGAAUUAUCUGAAAAAGAUGAGGUGGAGAAAGAGGCUGCUGCAUUGUUCUUGAUGGGAUCUAAACUGGAACAAGAGGGGUCACUCUAUGAAGCUGUAAAUUUCUAUCGUCGAGCCAUGCAGCUUGUACCUGACAUUGAAAUGAGGAUAGAAUAUCCCAGAAGUCCACGAGAACGAUUUGAAAGUGAAAGUUCAGUAGACAGCUAUGAUGGUGAGGAAUUGGAAUCAGAUCUGCUGAGUAGAUUCCAUAAUCUGAAAGUGGAGGAAAAACGAAUCUGUUCUCCAGCAUAUCAACAGAGGGCAUGUCACAUAUCUGCUCUACCAGUUGAGGUUCUGAUCUACAUAUUUAAAUGGGUUGUGUCCUCCCAGCUUGACAUGAAGUCACUGGAGAGUAUUGCUGAGGUAUGCCGAGGAUUUUACUUAUGUGCGAGGGAUGAGGAACUCUGGAGGCUUGCCUGUCUGAGGGUGUGGGGUUCCAAUACUGGAAAAGUGAAGAAAUAUGGAUUAUGGAGAAACAUGUACAUAGAAAGGCCACAUCUUCAGUUUGUUGGUUGUUACAUCAGUAAAAUGUCUUAUAUCCGACAAGGAGAGAAAAGUCUGGAUGGAUUUUACAGUCCGUGGCAUAGCAUAGAGUAUUUCAGAUACAUACGAUUCUUUUCUGAAGGUAAAGUGUUGAUGAUGACAAGCCCCGAACAUCCAAGUCUGACACUUCCCAAGUUUAAAUACUCCCAUGCAAAGACACCUGGCAUGUUGAAGGGUGCAUAUAAAAUCUCAGGGAACAGAGUGACUGGUGUGUUAAAGAGAGUACCGAGUACAGAAAAUGCAUCAAACUACAAGUACAAACGUAACAAGAACAUUCAAAAUGAUGUCCAACAGAGCUUCCAUAUUGAACUUGAAAUCCAGAAUGUCGGUAAGAGAAAUGGAUGCAAGUUGUCGUGGAUACACUACUCUGUGAAAACAUUCUACAAGUCUACCGGUGAGGAUAAUGACACAGAUUUUGAGCUGUCUGACCGAGCGUAUCCGCCGUUGAUAUUCUCUCGUGUGAAAAGUUUCUCGGCAGACUUGGAUUCCUGCCUUCAACCGUGAAGAGCUCUUGUACAUGUUAGCACAGAAUUUUACACAUACAUAAGCACUGUAGGAAUUAUAGACAUAGACAAUGCAGACGUCAGUUUAACAGCUGACAGUUUUUUGGUUGUUUUUUUUUUUAGAUUUGAAAUUACAUGAGUUUUUAAGGAGGGGUGGGAUGUCUUUUUGUGCAUGUUUUAUUUUAAAUGCAAAACUUUUAUAUGUGUCAUGGUGUUCUAUGUUUUGUUCAGUUUAUUUGAUGUUUUUUUUAUAGUUAAAUAAAUGCUUUCUGUUACUAUAGAUAGAUUCCAAAUCUUUGCUGAUCCAUUGAAUAAUGGCUAGGAACCAGUGCAAAAUUAAUGUAGUUACGCGUUCAAGUUAAUACUUCAGAGAGAUGGUAAAAAUAGACUUUUAUUAUGAUUUUAAUGCUCAGGAUCUUAAAAUCAAACAUUUUUCAUUAAAAUAAAAUCAUUGGAUAAUUGUUACGAUAAUAAUAAUCAUAUACUCAUAUUCCAUGUACUAGUUAGAUGCUUAAAGGGAAUUAGUCAAUAACGGAAUGUCUGUAAUACAAUAGAUAAUU